CUUUAAUAACCCAAAAAGUUGAAAAUUAUAGUUAGUUAGCUAAACAAACCAUAGCAAAAAACGGAAAUUGCAAGGGUCACCAUUAGUGCAUCUCUCACCUAUCAAACAAAAGUUUAAUCUCGUAGCUAGAAAGGUCAAACCAUAAUCAUCACUCGUUCUGGAUUGGCUGCUCCAGCUCCAUAUAAAUCAAAAGCACCGACACAUAAAAUUCAUUUCACACUCUCAGUUGCUUACCGCAGUCGACAUCGUUCACGUCAAAUGGAUGCACAUUUUGUUACAUUUGCACUGAUUUUGCUGAUUUCCAGUGGAAUCUCCGGAUCCAAGGACACCCCGAACAUUUCACCACAAACUUGCGUAUCGGAGGGAUGCCUUCGAGGACGAUACUUCACUAGCUAUGGUGGCAAACGCUUCGAAGCAUAUCUCGGUGUACCGUUUGCGGCGCCUCCCGUUGGAGAAUAUCGAUUCAAAAAUCCUCAAGCAAUCCAACCGUGGACCGGAGUCUAUGAUGCUUCGUUUGAACGAAGUAAGUGUGUGCAGAAGAACGAUCUGUUACCGAAUGCCGCGGUGGAAGGUAGUGAAGAUUGUUUGUAUCUAAACCUGUACAAACCCGUGACUGCCAAGAACCCCGGAAAGCCGAUGGCCGUGAUGGUGUUCAUUCAUGGAGGUGGAUAUUUCGCCGGAUCCGCAUCGAUGGGUGAAUUUGGACCGGAUCGUCUAAUGGACACGGGAGAGGUCAUUCUGGUGGUUAUUCAAUAUCGCCUCGGAGCGUUUGGAUUUCUUUCAACAGGUGAUCGAGUAGCUCCGGGAAAUUUUGGUCUCAAAGAUCAGAACGCUGCUUUGAGAUGGGUUCAGCGAAACAUUGCUCGAUUCGGGGGCGAUCCAGCACUAGUUACUCUGUUAGGUCAAAGUGCUGGUGGUGCUUCGGUACAGAUGCACAUGAUGAGUCCACUUAGUAAGGGCUUAUUUUCACGUGCUGUCAUGAUGAGUGGAAGUGCCCUUGGAUUUUGGCAUCGACCGAUCGAAGAUCCGUUGAAGUUUGCUCAAGAACAGGCGGUAGCUGUUGGGAUUGCUUCACCUACGUCCAUGUCUACAGAAGAAUUAAUAAGAGCGUUACGUGAGGUUGAUGCUAUUGAACUUGGUAAAAGUAUCGAUAAUCUGAAGUUCUGGUUUGUUUACCCACUGGCAGCAUAUCAUCCUGUGGUGGAGAACUACGUAGACAGCGAAACAUUCAUUAGUGAGGAUCCCAACGUAGUUUGGGCGAGAGGAGAGUAUCACCAGAUUCCUUGGAGGACCGGAUUCGUUCCAAACGAAGGAGCUUUUUCUUCUCUGCAAAUCCUACUUAAUGCAUCUCUGGUUGCCGAACUGAAUGAACAUGCUGAGUCUUACAUGCCUCGAUUAUUCGGCUGCAAGGAAAACGAAAAAUCUCGAAGAAUGCUGAGACAAAGAUUUUUCCCCGAUGGCACUGACACACAAUGGAUAACAGAUGCUAAUCUUAAUAAAAUUCAGGAUAUUUUCAGCGAAGCUUUCAUCACCUACCCGAUCGCACUGACCGUAAAGCAGUACGUGGACCACGUGGAAACCAAUAAGAACCCGAUCGAUCUGUACUACUUCAGCUUCAAGGGAAAUCAUUCCCAUUCGAAGUACUUUUCGAAUACAGAUCUGGAUUUUGGAGUGUGCCAUUCGGACGAUCUUUCCUAUCUGUUCCGUUCCAAGGACCUAUUUGAUGAUUUUGAACCGGAUUCGCCUGAAACUGCAGCUUCGGCAAAGUUAGUCGACUAUUACGUUCGUUUUGCUUAUGACGGCGUACAGGACGGAACCUGCCAGAAGAAAUGUGCGAUUCUUGAGUUCGCAAACGAUGCCAGUCAACAGGUUAAAACAGAUUAUAUGGAUGGAUUUGAUGAUGAAAUGAUAGCAUUUUGGACAGAAAUCUACAGCUGAAGUGAGAUGACGACUAAAGUUAUACUACGUGAUGUCAUACUUCAAUUUACAAUUCUCAAUUGUUCCGAUUACUGUACAGAA